AUGAAAAUUGACAAGAAGAAGGAGUUUAAAAAAAAGCUAACCAUGUGCAUUUCCCUGCUGCAAGUGUCAGAUCCCCUAAAAAUAAUUAUCGACGAAACUUUCAUUAAAUUAUGCAUUGUUCAUAAAAUUUGCAUAAAAGAUGAAUUAAGUAAAUUAUUAAAUAGGCAGUUACUUCUUAUGACUACUAAGUGUAUAUCCCAGUAUGCAAAAAAAAGUCUACAAGAAGAAACUGCAUAUGGAUUAAGGAAAUUAACACAUUAUAAAUGUAAUCACAAUGAAGAGAAUAUAAAAGACUCUGUUAAUAAUUUUUUAAAAAAAAAAAAAAAUGAAAGCAGUAAUAUUUUUUCUGUAAAUUAUUUUGAAAAUCAAGUAAAUGUUACGCAUAACUUUGACAGUUUGUAUAAUGUCAAGAGUCAAAUUUGCAAGAAGGAGAAUAAAUCAAAUCAGGAAAAUAAUAAUGAAAAGAAUGAACAACUUCAGGAAAAAACCAGUGAGAAAAGAAUAGAAAACGGUCAAGUAUAUAAGGUGAAAAAUAAUAUAGAGAAUGUGGACAAUACAAAAGGAGGUGGACAUAACCAACCAAAUGACUCUAACAUAUGCGAAGACCAUGGGGAGGAUAACAAAAGGGGAGAGAGUAAUGAACUUUCAGAUUCCAUGAAAUGUAUAAUCGACCUUGUAAAAAACAAUAAUGAAAAGAAAUUUUUCCUGGCGACCAACAACUUAGAGCUACGAUCCUUUUUGAGGAAGGUUUUCAUAGUACCCAUCAUAUAUAUAAGCGAGGGGGGAGUAAUAAAAAUGGAAAGCUUAUCUACAAAAAAUUUAAAUAAAAAAGAAAAUGUGGAGUUAAAGAAAAUGAAGAUGCUUAAGUGGGAACGCGAGUUAAAAAAGUCUGAACAGAGGAAGAAUGGGACGAACAUCAGAAAAAGUGUUAAAAAAAAAAAAAAAAAAAAAAAAAAAUAA